CCCCUCGGCCGGCGCGUGCUGCCCGCAGCCUCCGCGAGCCCGCGGCAGUGGCUGGAGGGAGCGCGGGCCGGGACACGGAUACCGGGAGCGAGCGGAGAAGGGGCAGGGAGGAGGAGAGAAGAAGGGGAAGAAGAAGCCAUCCCUCUGCCGAGGGUGAAGCCCCGUGCCAUGAGCCCCGAGGAGAAGCCACCGCCCGGUCGCUCCCGCGGUGACCGGCCGCCGCCACCCCAGCCCGCGGCCGGGCGAUCCCGGCGGCGGGGCGGGCUCCUGGCGGAGAUCCGCACGCCCAUCCGCACGGAGCCCUUCCAGGAGCGGUACAGCCUCAGCCCCGGCCGGGAGCUCGGCAGGGGAAAAUUUGCAGUGGUGAAGAAGUGUAUCCAGAAAGACACUGAAAAAGAGUUUGCAGCAAAAUUCAUGAGAAAAAGAAGAAAGGGCCAAGACUGUCGGAUGGAAAUAAUACAUGAAAUUGCAGUCCUUGAGCUGGCACAAUGCAACCUGUGGGUCAUUAACUUGCAUGAAGUUUACGAAACUGCAACAGAGAUGAUUUUAGUCCUGGAAUAUGCUGCUGGAGGUGAAAUUUUUGACCAGUGUGUGGCUGAAAGAGAGGAGGCUUUCAAAGAAAAAGAUGUUAAACGACUUAUGAAGCAAAUAUUAGAAGGAGUUUCAUUCUUGCAUAGAAACAGUGUUGUUCAUCUUGACUUAAAGCCCCAAAAUAUACUGCUAACCAGUAAGUCACCUCUGGGAGAUAUUAAGAUAGUAGAUUUUGGCCUUUCCAGAAUAAUGAAGAGCAGCGAGGAACUAAGAGAAAUAAUGGGAACUCCAGAAUACGUAGCUCCUGAAAUUCUGAGUUAUGACCCAAUCAGUACAGCAACUGAUAUGUGGAGCAUUGGCGUACUGGCAUAUGUUAUGCUAACAGGGAUAUCACCUUUCUUGGGGGAUGAUAAGCAAGAAACAUUCUUAAAUAUAUCUCAAAUGAACGUAAGUUACUCUGGGGAGGACUUUGACCUUGUAUCAGAAUCUGCCGUGGAUUUCAUCAAAACUCUGCUGGUUAAGAAGCCAGAGGACCGGGCAACUGCUGAAGAAUGUCUUCAGCAUCCAUGGUUGGAACAAAGUGAUAAUCCUGCUUGCAGGGCCUGUAGUAAGAGUACAGAAGGGGAGACCAGUGAUGCCAUCCAGAAAAAUGCAGAUUCUGCCUCUGAAAAAUCAGAAGAUGCUGAGAAGACYGGAGAGCAAGAAUCAAUAGUGACAGAAGAACUAAUUGUAGUGGCUUCRUAUACGCUUGGACAAUGUAGGCAGUCAGAAAAAGAAAAAGUAACUGAGCAGAAAGCCAUYUCCAAACGAUUUAAAUUUGAGGAACCAUUACUGCAGGAAAUACCAGGAGAAUUCAUUUACUGAACUGUGUGGAGCUUCAUAGCUAUGACUGAAAGGCAAUUUUUUCUACUAAACAAAARUAUUCUAGCCAAGUGAAUUUCUAAUAAGCGAUAAAUGUUCUAGAUAAAAGAAAGUGCUGAUAAAUGGCAUACAACAAAAAUGUGCCAAGUUGUUAUUUUCAUGGAACAGAUAAAUAAGAUUUCAAGYGACAGGAAUUUAACAAAGAUUAUAAGCUUAUUUUUGUUUUUAAUUUUUAUUUCUGUUUUUUUGUUGUUGUUGUUCAUUGGUAACAGAGUUUUCGUUAAUUAUUCCAGUGUUCUUGAGAAGUUGACACUGGAAGUGUUUCAGUGACAGAUGUCAAUAGGACUAUUUUAGGAUAUGUUUUGGCAUUUAAUGCAAAUAUAUAAUGCYGGGUUUUCCUCAAAUGCCUCCUGAGUUCAGUGAAACUAUCUACUGAUCUAAAAUUUUAUGAGAGGAGAAUUUGAUCACCUGGUUUGAUAUACAGAUUUCAAAAUCGUGCUGUGUUUCUUUGUUUACAUCAUGUCAAAGACCCAGACUCCUCUGAUGUGUAGCUGAACAGUAAGCUGAGCUUGUCUAGACAGAGCUGCAUGUGCCCCACAUAAAGAAAAUUGGACAUAUGUCUAAUUUGGGAGCACAGUAAAAUUUUGCWCCUGAGGGUGAUGUAUCUGCUUAUUUCAGUCACUUGUGAGCCAGCAGAAAUUGUUCCCUGCUCCUCCUAUAUGGGGUGAGAUGAGCCAACAGAAUCCAGCUCAGUGUGGCCACACAGUGCUGAUGAGAGAAARAAAGAAUGACAGUCUGAUAUAGCUCCUCUGAAGUUAUUGAAGUUCUCUCCACUGACUUCACUAUAUUAGAUUAGACAGUUUAUGCAACUAAUCAGCCCUUGAUGCCACCUCCCCCAGAACCCAGCUGAGGUUUUACUGGGAGCAUGAGGCCAUUUCUGCCUUCUUUCUAUUCCYCUAACUGCUGUUUUAAGGAAGAAAGGAGCAUCCUUAGGCUAAAUUCCAUUACCUUGUUCAAUAUAGCUGUCAGAUGAGGAAGAAAUUAUUGCUUCUUCUGAAACAAUGAAACACAGCUCAUAGCUUCUGCUUCCUGAUCACUCUCCCAUAGACACUUGGAAAAACAGCAUGAYAUGUGGCAGGGCAGGGUGAGAUUAGGGAGCAGUAUGGAUGGGUCAUAGUUCUCAAUGGACGCAGUCCCUCAGAGGACAAAGCUGGCACCAACUAGGCAUCAAAAUUGAGUGUUUUUUGCAAUGGACUGAGUCUUAGUUUUCUAAGAAAUCUUUCACAUUGAUGCUGUUCCAAAGUUUAAUUUUGAUGUAAUUGAAAUUUAGUACUAUUAUAUUGCAUACUGUUAACUAUUCAACUAUUUAUUUGGUUUCCUUAGGCUGUUCCUUUAUAAUAAACUCUGACAAAAGUUUUCUUCCUAUAAAACAGUGAAUAGAAACUCUUAAGCUAGUUUUUCCAUUUUUUCCCUUGUUGGUACAACACACUUUCCUAAUUUCAAAUGUAUCAAAUGUUCUUACUUCAUUUCGUGAUUAGGAGUUCAGGGCUCUGUGCUAAUGUUACAGUUCCUCCUUAACACAAAAGUUAAAUGGUUUAUUAAUAAGACCAGGAGCACUGGGGUGAUCUGAUCAGCAUGGCUGGAAAGGCAGGGGAAAAGCACUAGUACAGAAGAAAGCUGAACCAAAAGCAGUGGGACAAUGAAUGUUUUCCAUAAGGCUUYAUUGCCAAAGGUUGGGUUACCUUUGCAUCAAGCCACAUCAGGGAAAUUGCACUUAAACUGUUCUAUCAGGCUUCUUCCCCUAUGGAAUUACAUAUUGAGUAUUCAUGUAAGUAGGGCAGCUUCUUGUUCCUCAAAGAUGUUCAUAUAAGACAACAGCCAGCAGUGCUCAGAAUUGAGUUUGGACGUUUUAUAUUGUAAUGCAGAGAUGGCUUUCAUGCUCUGGAGAAAGGAAUCAGUUACUGGACAGCUCUGGCUGGCUCUCUGCUGAAGAAUCUUUGAGCUAACAGCAUCUCUGUGUUAUCUGGGUGUGUCUGGGGGCAGACAGAAGCUGAGUCUACCUACAAUGCUGAUCUGUUUCAGCCAUGUUAGGCAGGACAAUACCUUCAUGGGCAUCUUUCUCUUACUGUCCAGACAUUUGCUCAAGACAAUUUGCUUGGGUGAGGUGACAUUGAUUCAUUAAAUUCUUCUGUGCAAGAUUACAAUUUCUCCCAUCUUCUGUCAUUGCCAUUUUGACUUUUUUUUCCCCCUACAUCCAUGCUUCCUUACUUUACCAAGCUGAGCAGAGCAGUGACAUUGAAACAUAUUCACAUCCCACCCUUACAAAACAAUGUUGCACACAUAAAUUUUUAACAACAACUGGUUGCCCACAACAAACUAUUUGAGGGAGGUAUACCCAUUUCACUUCCUCUUUGUAACCGUAGAUCAGAUGGGGACUGGUAAUUAUGGAAUGGAGCAGGUGCUGAGCAGUAUACAUUUUGUCCUAUAUAUACUGUUUUUAAUGUAUGUCAGUGAAGCUUAACAUGUAUACAUAAAAUACAUACUUAUUACAAGGCCAGCUUCUCUUGAAUUGGCUGCUUUGAGAUUUCCAGUGGGCUGCAUUUCUGUUUAACUUCUCGUGCCUUAAGGUGGUUUUAUACAGUGUUUUUUAACGUCUUUAAGAAUUUGUAUAAAGUUGGGAAAGUUUAAUAGUAUAAGUUAUAAACAAGGCAUCUUAGAAUCACCCUAUAAUAGGGAAAAUUUUCCAUAACAUAACAGGACCAUCAGCCACACCCACACACUUAAAGGCUGUUUCUGUUCCUUGGUGAGUGUGGGUAAAGCUGCAAACAAGGUGUUCCUGCCCUGAGCUGUAGGAAGGAGCUGUUGCAGGCAGUGCUCUUGAGCUCAGUUACUAGUGACGUGAAACACCAGUAAGACUGGGAACAAACCACAAGCUGUGAGGAACAGCUGGUUUUCUGCAUCCCCAUGAAUACUGGGGACUGUGUGUACUACACAGGUCAUCUGAAAAAAGCUGCUGUGUUGGUUGGGAAGGGGCUGAUUGUGGGGAAAGAAUCAGCUUAUUGAUCUUGUGGGCAGUGCCAUUCCACUCCCUGCUCUCUGGACUGAGCACAUGCUAGCUGCCUUUGUAGCACCAAGAGCACGGCUGGUGUUUGCUCAGAUGCAGGAUCCUGAAAGAAUCGAAGGCCAGAUAUUCCUACAGAGUUGUUAUCUGAGGUUCUGAUGGAAGAGCUAAGAACUGUAUCAAUAGGAGGGGUAGGUCCAGGCCUAGGCCUCCCUUUCAGUUGUUGGAAUAAAUAGCAAAGUCCUAAUGAAAAGCACAGCCUGUUCUUCUCUUGUUGCUAUAUUCACCUCUUUAAGGGACAGGCUUAUGGAUUUUUUAGUCKCUAAAUUAAAUGUUCUACAAAAUAAUAUUUUUCUUUUUGUCCAAAGUAGAAUUUGCAUUGUGAUUUGUCUUAUUUGUUAUAUUUUCAUUUGCAGGUCCCUAAAUACAAAAGGGUGAAUUCCAGUUUGUGAUCUAGCCCAUGAAUCUUGAGAGCUUUUAGGUCACAAAUGCAAAUAAAAAUUCACUGCCCAUUCUUURCUGGUAGUGCUCACAAGGGAUGGGGAGGGAGGUGGGCGUUGAACCAAGUUAUUCCAUGGUUUAAGAUCUCUCUUGAAUAUUUCAAGUAGUGUUCCUUGAAGACAGUUCAACRUUUUUAAAAAAUAGUGCCAGUUCAUUGUACUUCUGAUAAGGUGUUUACUGUUUCAGGAACUUUACAAUAAACAAAAUUUUGUUUUCUGAACA